GCAAUCACACUGUUGGUGUCCACCUUGGAGCUAGCAUGGCAUCCUGGUUAUCAGAGCGACAAGAAGAGCUCUCCUGCCCCCUGUGUGGGGAGAUCCUGCAAGAGCCAGUAGCACUCUCCUGUCGCCAUCGAUUCUGCCGCAGCUGCUUGGAAGGCAGCUGGACAGGGAGGGGUGGGGACAGCCAGGGGGGUCACGAGUGUCCGCUGUGCUUCCGGCUCUGUUCUUUGGAUGAGUUGCCUGUCAGCAAUGCUUUGCAAAGGGCCUGCGAUGACUUCCGGAGGCAGCGGAGCCGUGCUGACCCAACAGCAUGCACAGAGCACGGAGAGGUGUUGACGCUGUUCUGCGUGGAAGAUCUCCAGCCCGUGUGCAAGGUGUGCCGCACCUCGGCCAUCCAUGGGGGCCACAGGCUGUAUCCCCUGGGGGAGGCUUUGCAGGACUGCAAGGCGGAGCUCAAGAAUGCGCUCAAGCCCCUGAAAGAGAAACUGAAUGUGUUUAAGAAAACCAAGCUCACCUGUGUGGAAAUCUCAGAGCACAUGAAGAGUCAGGUGCAACACACUGAGAAACAGAUAAAGGAGCAGUUUGAAGAACUUCACCAGUUUCUGCGAGAUGAAGAGACAGCCAGGCUAGACUCUUUAAGGAAAGAGGAAGAGGACAAAAGUCUGAUCAUAACCCAAAAGAUUGAGGACAUAGAAGAUGAUAUUUCAUCCCUAUCUGACACGAUCAGAUCCUUAGAGCAGGAGAUGGGAGUUGAGGACAUCCCAUUUCUGAAGAACUACAAGGCCACAAUAAAGAGAACCUGGGGCACCUUCCCUGAGCCAGAAUUGAUUUCAGGAGCGCUGAUUGAUGUGGCUAAGCACUUGGGCUCUCUGAAGUACCAGGUCUGGGAGAAGAUGCUGGAUACUGUUCAAUACACUCCAGUUGUGGUGAACCCAAAUACAGCUGCCAACUGUUUCAUGCUGUCUGAGGACCUGAGCACAGUGCAUUACUGCACGGAGACUUUCAAUAUCCCUGACAACCCUGAGCGCUUUGACAUCAGUGCUGAGAUGCUGGGCUCUGAGGGCUUCAGCUCAGGCCGUCAUAGCUGGGAGGUGGACGUCCGAAACAACACCUACUGGGUUAUCGGUGUUGCCAAGGAGAACAUCAACCCCAAGGGGAAGCAUGUGCUCACGCCAGCAGAAGGCUUCUGGACCAUACGACUGCGUAAUGGUGAGUACAAGGCGUGCUCAGCUCCAUGGACGCCACUAAAUGUGACCCAGGAGCUGCAAGUGGUCCGAGUUCAGCUGGACAUGGAUCGGGGAAAGGUGUCCUUCUAUGACCCACGGGAGAGGUCACUUCUUUUCACCUUCACGGACAUCAUGAGCCCCCGGGUGUUCCCUUACUUCUGCACGGCCUGUAAACUUCAUCCGCUGAGGAUCCUACCUACCCGGCUGUCAGUCAUUCCAGAGAACUACAGGGCAUUUCAUUAAACCUGUUGUGAGACAUCCGAAAUACUUAUGGAUACUUGCCCAUUUUCUAGUGAACAUACUUUGGUAUCAGUUUACUGAGUAGAACCACUGCAGCUGACUGGAUAGAAGUAGUCAAUUAUUCUUAGAUUUAUCUGACACUUUGGUUCAGAGUGGCUUGGAGUAUUAACUUUAAGUUACCCACUUAUACAACUGGGUAAUUUUACUUGUGGAAUGUAGGGUAAGUACCUUAAUCAAGGG